UGCCAGGAUCUCCGGCCAAGCCUGUUCAGUGUGUGAGCCAACUUCAUCUCAGGCGCUUCACUGACUGAACCCUGGUCUAUCUCCAGCUGCCACCGUACCUGUUUGGGGUUGAGAGAAGGAACGAGUUGCAAGCCAACCUGAAGCUGCAAGCGCCUCUGGAUUAACCUUCCGCCACUGUAUCCGAGCCCCUGUUCACCUGAAGCAGGUUCUGUGCUGAUUACUGGCCGGCUGUAUGGGAUUUUAACGCCGUGCUCUGUGCUCCUGGAAGUAACCGCGAGUCUCCGUCAACAAGCUUGAGGGCUUCCCCUGCUCAGUCCGUGUCUUUAAUUCCCUUUGGAUUCGUGUAGCUGACAUGGGUGUCAGCCUAUGAUCGUCUGAGAGCGGCAGUGACAAGAGGGACCCGGAGGAGCCGUGCCGACCAGGAAGAUGGUGCCUAGCUGCCGCCCGCCGGCGCUCGCGCUGCUGCUGCUGCUGGGUCACAUGACGCCCUCGUGUCGCGCAGAUAGCUUGCCAACCUUCAUCAAAUCUCCGGAUGACCAGACGGGCAUUUCUGGGGGGGUGGCCUCCUUCGUCUGCCAGGCGGUGGGCGAGCCCAAGCCCCGCAUCACCUGGAUGAAAAAGGGCAAGAAGGUCAGCUCACAACGCUUCGAGGUGAUCGAGUUUGACGACGGCUCGGGGUCUGUGCUGCGCAUCCAGCCCCUACGAGCCCACCGAGAUGAGGCCAUCUACGAGUGCACGGCCACCAACAGCAUGGGCGAGAUCAACACCAGCGCCAAGCUCACUGUCCUCGAAGAGGACCAGAUCCCGCACGGCUUCCCCUCCAUCGACAUGGGCCCUCAGCUAAAGGUGGUGGAGCGGACGCGCACGGCUACCAUGCUGUGCGCCGCCAGCGGCAACCCUGACCCCGAGAUCUUCUGGUUCAAGGACUUUCUGCCCGUGGACAUCGGGGGCAGCAACGGCCGCAUCAAGCAGCUGCGUUCAGGUGGUACACCAAUCAGAGGAGCGCUGCAGAUCGAGAACAGCGAGGAGUCCGACCAGGGCAAGUACGAGUGCGUGGCGACUAACAGCGCCGGCACCCGCUACUCGGCCCCAGCCAACCUCUACGUACGCGAUCAACGCGAAGUCCGCCGUGUCCCGCCCCGCUUCUCCAUCCCCCCCACCAACCACGAGGUCAUGCCGGGCGGCAGCGUCAACCUCACCUGCGUGGCGGUGGGCUCCCCCAUGCCCUACGUCAAGUGGAUGCUGGGCCUGGUGGAGCUCACCCGGGAGGAGGAGAUGCCGGUGGGCCGCAACGUCCUGGAGGUCUCCAACAUCCGCGAGUCGGCCAACUACACCUGCGUGGCCAUCUCCUCGCUGGGCAUGAUCGAGGCCACUGCGCAGAUCUCCGUCAGAGCCCCUCGUCCGCCCGCCUCCCUGAUGGUGACAGAGACCACAGCCACCAGCGUCACACUGACCUGGGACUCGGGCAACUCGGAACCAGUCUCCUAUUACAUCAUCCAGUACAAGCCCAAGGUGUCAGACAAUGGCUUCCAGGAAGUGGACGGUGUGGCCACCACGCGCUACAGCAUCGGCGGCCUCAGCCCCUACUCCGAGUAUGAGUUCAGCGUCAUGGCGGUGAACAACAUCGGGCGCGGGCCGCCCAGUGAUGCAGUGGAGGCGCGCACGGGCGAGCAGGCACCCUCCUCGCCGCCUCUGCAUGUGCAGGCACGCAUGCUGAGCUCCAGCACCAUGCUGGUGCAGUGGGAGCCGCCGGAGGAGCCCAACGGGCAGAUCCGCGGCUACCGCGUCUACUACACGCUAAGCCACAGCGCCCCCCUCAGUACCUGGCAGAAGCACAACACCGACGACAGCCGGCUGACCACCAUCUCAGGGCUGCAGACGGACAUGACCUACAGCAUCCGGGUGCUGGGCUUCACCUCGGUGGGGGACGGGCCCCCCUCUGACGUCCUGCAGGUUAAAACCCAGCAGGGUGUGCCGGCCCAGCCGUCCAACUUUGAGGCAGAGGCCGAGCUGGACACCCGCAUCAUGCUGACCUGGCUCUGGCCUGUCCAGGAGUCCAUUACCCGCUACGAGCUCAGCUACUGGGAGGCCAACUCCGAUAUCAAGAUGGAUAAGACCUUUAGCCCCACGGGGUCCUACGCUGUCGACGGCCUGAAGCCAGACACCCUGUACAAAUUCAUGCUGGCGGCUCGCUCCGAAAUGGGGCUGGGAGUCUACACCCCGCCCAUCGAGGCCCGGACGGCACAGUCCACGCCCUCCGCACCUCCUCAGGAGGUACACCUGCUCAGCCUGAGCUCAACCAGCAUCAAGGUGAGUUGGGUGGCCCCGCCUGCCGACAGCCAGCAUGGCGCCAUCACGGCGUACACGGUGGCUUACCGGGCGGCGCAGGGCGAGGACGCCCAGCGCCACGAGGUGACAGGCUUCGCGGCCGACGCCACCAGCUGCGUGCUGGAGGGCCUGGAGAAGUGGACCGAGUAUGAGGUGUGGGUGCGUGCGCACACGGACGUGGGGCCCGGACCCGAGAGCCCCGUCACCCACGUCCGCACCAGUGAGGACGUGCCCGGCGCCCCUCCCAGGAAGGUGGAGGCGGAGCCUGUGAACUCCACGGCCAUCAGGGUGACCUGGAAGGCACCUCUCUCCACCAAGCAGCACGGGCAGAUCCGUGGCUACCAGGUCAUCUACUCGCGGAUGGAGAAUGGCCAGCCCAACAUCCUGGACGUGGCACUGCCCGAAGCCCAGGAGGCCAUAAUCACCGGGCUGCUCGCCGAAACAUCCUACUCAGUGACGGUGGCUGCCUACACCACCAAGGGGGACGGAGCCCGUAGCAAGGCCAAGACAGUGAAGACCACUGGGGCAGUUCCUGGCAAGCCCACCAUGCUGAUCAGCACGACCAUCGGCAACACGGCCCUGAUCCAGUGGCAGCCGCCCAAGGAGAUGGUGGGCGAGCUCAUGGGAUACCAGCUGCAGUACAAGCGGGACGAGGAGGAGGCCUACACCGUCAAAGACUUCCGGAGGACUGACGACCACUACACCGUCACCGGCCUGCACAAGGGUGCCACCUACAUCUUCAAGUUGUCCGCCAAGAAUCGCGCGGGCACCGGCGAGGAGUACGUGAAGGAGAUCAGCACGCCGGACGACAUGCCGAGCGGCUUCCCGCAGAACCUGCGCGUGGUAGGCCUCACCACCACCACCACCAAACUGGCCUGGGACCCACCCCUGCUCUCUGAGCGCAACGGGCGCAUCGUGCAGUACCUGGUGGUCUACCGGGACAUCAACAGCCAGCAGAACAGCACCAACAGCACCACCGAGACCCAGAUGACUCUGCACGGCCUAAAGCCCGAGACCACCUACGACAUCCGUGUGCGGGCCUUCACCGUCAAGGGUGGGGGGCCCAUCAGCCCCAGCAUCCAGAGCCGCACCAUGUCCACCACGCCAGCCUUCGCCUCGAACUUCGCUGUGAAGGCCGUGAUGAAGACGUCGGUGCUGCUCGCCUGGGACGUCCCUGAGAACUACAAGUCCCAGCUGCCCUUUAAGAUCCUCUAUAACCAGCAGAGUGUGGAGGUCCAAGGCAACCUGAAGAGGAAGCUGAUCACCAAGCUGCAGCCCAACACCAACUACUCCUUCGUGCUGAUGAGCCGCGGCAACAGUGCGGGGGGGCUGCAGCAGCAGGUCUCCAUCCGUACGUCCCCCGACAUGCUGAAGAGCAAACCGGUGCUAUACAACCGCAGCCAGGAGGAGGCCGGCAAGCUCACCAUCACCCUGCCCCACGUGCAGACCAAGGCUGCCAUCAGGUGGUACUACAUCGUGGUGGUGCCCAUCGCUCACGCGGCGACCCGCCACAUGGAGAACCCGGACGACAUGGACCUGGAUGAGCUACUGGAGGUCGGCGAGGACGGUGGUUUGCGGAGACGUCGCCGUCAGGUGGAUUCGGCCAAGCCCCACAUCGCCGCCAAGUUGGAGACCCUCCCGGAGACCUUCACGCUGGGCGAUGAGAAGUACUACAACGGCUUCUACAACAAGCCCCUCUCCAGCCACCAGCAGUACCAGUGCUUUGUGCUCGCGGCGCUGAAGGACCAGGACUCAACGUUUGUGGCCAGCCCCUACUCGGAGCCCAUCAAGGUGAGCUCACACGUGUCGGCGUCCAUCGAGGAGCAGCCUGAGAUGCUGUGGGUGAUGGGCCCUGUCCUGGCCGUCGUGCUCAUCGUCAUUAUUGUCAUCGCCAUCCUGCUCUUCAAGAGCAAAGAAGAAAGGAAACGGGCCUCCCCCUCCCCCAAGGACGAGCACCCCGCUGGCGUGAAGGACUGCCUGCUGGCUCACUCCUCAGACCCCGUGGAGAUGAGACGUCUUAACUACCAGACCCCAGGUCCCAGUGCCCCCAGUUGCCCGAACACUCAAAGCAUGAGAGAGCACCCACCGAUCUCCAUAAGUGAACUGGCCGACCACAUCGAGCGACUCAAAGCCAACGACGGCCUUCGGUUCUCACAGGAAUAUGAGUCUAUAGACCCUGGCCAGCAGUUCACGUGGGAGAACUCAAACCUCGAGGUGAACAAGCCAAAGAACCGCUAUGCAAAUGUCAUUGCAUAUGACCACUCUCGAGUCAUCCUCAGCUCCAUCGAUGGUGUGCCAGGAAGCGACUACAUCAACGCCAACUAUAUUGAUGGCUACCGCAAGCAGAAUGCCUACAUCGCUACACAGGGCCCACUGCCCGAGACUCUGAGCGACUUCUGGAGGAUGGUGUGGGAACAGAGGUCUGCCACAAUCGUGAUGAUGACCCGAUUAGAAGAAAAGUCCAGGGUUAAGUGUGACCAGUACUGGCCAACCCGAGGCCCGGAGACCUAUGGCAUGAUCCAGGUGACCAUGCUGGAUACGGUGGAGCUGGCCACCUACAGUGUACGCACCUUCGCCCUCUACAAGAAUGGCUCCAGUGAGAAGAGGGAGGUCCGGCAAUUUCAGUUUGUGGCCUGGCCAGACCACGGCGUUCCAGAGUACCCUACACCCAUCCUGGCCUUCCUGCGCCGUGUCAAGUCAUGCAACCCGCCAGAUGCCGGCCCCAUGGUGGUGCACUGCAGCGCUGGUGUGGGUCGCACAGGCUGCCUGAUCGUCAUCGAGGCCAUGCUGGAACGCAUGAAGCACGAGAAGAGCGUGGACAUCUAUGGCCACGUGACAUGCAUGCGUGCCCAGCGCAACUACAUGGUGCAGACGGAGGACCAGUACAUCUUCAUUCAUGAGGCGCUGCUGGAAGCUGCCACCUGCGGCAACACUGAAGUCCCCGCCCGCAACCUCUACUCCCACAUCCAGAAGCUCACCCAGGUCUCGAUUGGGGAGACAGUCACCGCCAUGGAGCUGGAGUUCAAGAGACUGGCCAACUCCAAAGCACACACCUCCAGGUUCAUCAGUGCAAACCUUCCCUGCAACAAGUUCAAGAACCGGCUGGUGAACAUCAUGCCGUUUGAGUCGACUCGGGUGUGCCUGCAGCCCAUUCGCGGGGUGGAGGGCUCCGACUACAUCAAUGCCAGCUACAUCGACGGUUACAGGCAGCAGAAGGCCUACAUCGCCACACAGGGCCCCCUGGCAGAGACCACUGAGGACUUCUGGAGGAUGCUUUGGGAGCACAAUUCCACCAUCGUGGUGAUGUUGACCAAGCUGAGGGAGAUGGGCCGAGAGAAGUGCCAUCAGUACUGGCCCGCAGAGCGCUCUGCCCGCUACCAAUACUUCGUGGUGGACCCCAUGGCAGAGUACAACAUGCCCCAGUACAUCCUGAGAGAGUUCAAGGUCACUGAUGCCAGGGAUGGCCAGUCCAGGACCAUCCGGCAGUUCCAGUUCACCGAUUGGCCUGAACAGGGCGUGCCAAAAACCGGGGAGGGCUUCAUCGAUUUCAUUGGCCAAGUGCACAAAACCAAGGAGCAGUUUGGGCAGGAUGGACCAAUCACUGUGCACUGCAGUGCCGGUGUGGGCAGGACUGGUGUCUUCAUCACCCUGAGCAUCGUGCUAGAGAGGAUGAGGUACGAGGGCGUGGUCGACCUCUUCCAGACGGUGAAGACACUACGGACCCAGCGGCCAGCCAUGGUGCAAACAGAGGACCAGUACCAGCUGUGCUACAGGGCAGCUCUGGAGUACCUGGGCAGCUUUGACCACUAUGCAACGUAACCACUCCUGGAAAGCCCCGGAAUCCCUUCAGGAGUGCCAAGUGUUCCUUCUGAGCCAUUUCCACCCACCUGAUUCUGUACAGAGCUGCCAGAGGGGAGAGGGGGAUGGGCAUGCGGCGGACAGGACUGGCCAGCCGUCAAUCAAGGUGGUCCGCCCCCCCCCCCGGCUGGCACAGAGCUUUAAAAGAAAAAAAAAAACCUCCACAGAAUCCAACAGCUGUGAGUGGCAGGCUGGCAUGAACAGAACAUGUGACAUCCCUCCCUUUCCUGUCCUUAUUCAAAACGGCAAACCGUGAUUUUGUUUUUUUUAAUUAUCAUUAUCGUUUAUAUUAUCAUCAUUGAAAUAAUAUUUAGAUUCAUGUUUUUUAUAAUCAUUUAAUAUUUGUUAUUUUCUUUAUUCUUAACUUCCUGUCUGCGUUUCUUUUUACUUUUUCCUUCAUCUCUGUAGGUUAUUUUAGCAUAAGGGACAUGUAUUUUAAACACGUCCCUGGAUACUAAUACUGGAGAAACCACUGUUUCCUAAGCUGCUGUCAGUUUCAUUUUAUUUUAUUUUUACCAUGAUUUUAUUACUCUCAUUCUUAUUUUUCUUGUGUGUAAUUUGAUCUUAUCCAUUGGAAUGGGGGAUAACUUUUAUAAGUCUUUUCACUUCCAGGUACUUUAUAAAAAAAAAGAGAUGAAUAUUAGAAAACAAAUAAAAUCAUGCCAGAGGUCUAGUGGUACUAUAUAAAUCCAUUAGGAAAAGAAAAGUGAAUUAACUGAAGAUAUCAGCUGUGUACAGAUCCUAACUUCGUUCUCAAUAGCUGUUAACUGUGAUUUCAUGAGCAAACAUGGCUUACAGAGGAGCUACCCCCCCCCUCUCCGAGCAACAGCGAUGAAUGGAGCAGAGCAGGGGGCCCGAAACACAUCGAAAGCCCUGAACGCCUUCUGCUCCUGCCCUUUAGCCCGCAGUAUGGCUUAUUACCAAAUUUCGCUGCUUUAGGUGGUUGGGGGGGGAGUGGGCAGGAUAGAGAGGCACGUUAGGGACUGAAGCACAAACAAAUAACAUCCACCUGUACAGCUAAAGGUCAUCCAGCAGGGGGCAAGAGAAGCCUUGCAACCCGCAGAUAGGCCUGGUAUUAUUUUUAUAAAUAUAUAAAUAUAUACAUGCAUAUAUACAUUUGUUGCUAUCCUGCAACGACAUUAAAAGUUGAUGAAUAUUCCACUCAGUAAUCUUUGAUUCUCUCAGAAAAUCUCAGCAGAUGUGGGAUCACGGCAAAAGAGAGAGAAUGAUUUUUCUCUCCGCUAGUCUGUGUUAAAGGUGAAAUGUUCUAACUCACAUCACGCCACCCGCCGACCCUGGAGGGCCACGCCUACAGACGGAGCAGCCAAUGGGCAGCCAACACACGGUGGAGGAAUUCUACGUGUAAUCAACAGUGCAUUUUGAGAUGAGGGACUGAAAUAUCUAUGAACCUUUCAUUUCUACCUUGUGUAUGCAUAGUGCUGUAGGGUUCAAUCUGUUGUAUACACAGUCUGUUUUCUAUUUGUUAAUAAAAACGAAAAACGGUGCAAAAAAACUCCUUGAUGUUAAUAAAGUUGAAUAAUUGGGUUUUGUA